CGACAGAGUGUGGGGCCACGUUUCAUACUCUGUGAUUCUUUUCUUUUUCCUCUCAAUUUUAUUUUUGGUAUCCGCCACCGACCGAAUCUUCAAUCCUUCACUCACUCUAAUUUUCCUUCUACACCCAAAAAACUGCGUCAGAAGAUGAUCCAGCCUCUCUACGCUCUGGUGUUCGGAGAAGUGGCGGUAAUUUUGGUCCUACUUUUCCGCACGCCGCUGAGGAAGCCGCUGCUGAUGUUGCUGGACCGCCUGAAGCAGGGCCGCGGCCCUGUGGUGGCGUCCACCGCCGGCGGCACCCUGUUUGUGAUCAUGAUGUCGCUUAUAUAUAACAUUACCACCAUCCAGACGCGCACCGUUGAAGGCGGCGGCGCUGUUAAUCCUACUGACCAGGUUCUCUUGGCCAAUCAGCUGCUCGAAGCAUCGCUUUUAGGUUUUGCUCUAUUCUUGGCAUUGAUGAUCGAUAGAAUCCAUUAUUACAUUAAAGAGGUUCGCAUGUUGAGGAAGCACAUGGAAGCUAUUAAGAGGUCUGAUCAUAAGUCUGAGGAAGCAAAGAUGAAAGAGAAGGGCAAGAAUAAAUCUGAGGAUGAUGACGAUUCAAGUUAAUGGAACUGGGAUGCUAACAGCUUUCCAGAGGCGCAACAAAAGGUGGUUGGUAUGCAUUGAGGUGAAGUCGGUGGAAUUCAUGGGAAGUUUGUGCUUUGAGUCGAAGCUACAUAGGAUUCACAAGCAAAGCUCAUCCUAAACAAGAAAAUUGAGGAUAGUAUGUUGUUUGAAUUUUUUAAAAUUAGAAAGUUCAUACUUUUUAGGGACGAACGAAAAAGGAAAUAGUUCAUACUCUUUUGGGACGAUUUGGGGACGGAGGGAGUAUUUUUUAAAAAUAGUUUUCGGAUUUAUACUAGGUACAACGACCGAGGGCAUUGUAGUGAGGUAACUUGAAUUGAUGUAAUUAAUAGUAAAAUUGAGGUGUAUGAAUCAUGAUUUUAUUUGAAGUUUUAUUGGCUCA